AUGGAGGGUGGAGGAGGGGGGUACGAAGCUGGGUGUGGCGGGGUUUUAUAUGGCGCCCUGGGUCGGGGUUGGCUUGAAGACGACAGCUCGCACAUGCGGGGUCUGAUCUCAAAAGGCACUCGGCGGUGCACUGCUGUCGGGCGGGUGACGGUGGCGCUCUGGCGUCGACAAAGAAUUUCCGUUUUUUACGACGGCCGUCCAACAAGGACGUCACGCGGCGUUAUGCCUCGGCUCACCUGCGCCGUUCCUUCCGUUGCCGGGGGGCAUCAUCUCCGGCGGCGCCAGCGUUCCACGUCCCGCCCUUGA